AUGUCUCGUCUACAUAAAAUGUCAAUUCAAGGCAUACGUAGUUUUGGAAAUCGAGAUCAAGAUACACAAGUUAUAACAUUUUUUUCGCCAUUAACAGUUAUUGUCGGUCCAAAUGGAUCGGGUAAAACAACAAUUAUUGAAUGUUUAAAAUAUAUGGCAACAGGUAUAAUGCCACCAGGUGCUAAAACAGGUGGAGCAUUUGUACAUGAUCCAAAAGUAGCUCAUGAUACAGAAGUACGUGGUCAAAUAAGACUUUUAUUUCAAGAUGUUACAGGACAUAAUGUACAAGUUCAACGUACACUUGUUGCAACACAAAAAAAAACAAAUAUUAGUUUAAGAACUCUUGAAGGUAUUAUUAUUCGUGAAGGUAUUAAUGGUGAACCAAUACAAAUAACAUCAAAAUGUAUUGAACUUGAUAAAGAAAUGGUUACAGCAUUUGGUGUAUCGACAGCUAUUCUUGAAAAUGUUAUUUUUUGUCAUCAAGAAGAAUCAAAUUGGCCAUUAAGUGAAGGAAAACAAUUAAAAACAAAAUUUGAUGAUAUAUUUGCUGCAACAAAAUAUAUGAAAGCACUUGAAUUAAUUCGAAAAAUUCGAACAGAAAAAUUACAAACAGUUAAAAUUAGUCGAGCAGAAAUUGGACAUUUAAAAACAUAUCGUGAUAUGUUAGUUCAAAAAAAAAGACAAUAUGCAGAAAUUGAUGAACGUCGACAAACAUCAAAAGUUAAUGUUGAAAGUAUUCAACUUAAACUUGAACCUAUUGAUUCUCGUUUGGAAUUUAUUGCUAAAGAAAGUUCGAAAAUGGUUGAUUUUCAACGACGUAUGGAUCGUCUUACAAAUGAAUGUGAAGCAUUAAAAAAGAAAAUUCGUGAAUUCAAUACAAUUAUUGAUGAACCAUUUCAAGGUUCAGAAGAUGAACUUAAAUUAUUAAUUUCUAAUUUUCAACGUGAUCAAGAUAAAAAGAAACGUGAACUUCAAGAUUUAGAAGCAAAAAAAUUGACGACUGAACGUCAAAUAAAAAAACUUCUUGAUAAACGUACAUCAGACACAACACGUUUAGGUGGAUAUGAAUUUGAAGAAAAACAAUAUAAAACAAAUUUAAUUCGUCGUCAACAAUUUAUUGAUGAAUAUAUUCAAAAUUCAUCUCAAAUAAUUGAUAAAACAAAUUUAAUUAAUUAUUUUGAUAAACAAAUUAAAAUUGAACAAAAAACUUUAAUGGAAAAACGUUUAUUUUAUCAACAAAAAGAAACAAAUGUACAACAAGAUUUAGAUAAAUUUCAAGAACAACGUAUUAAAAUUGAAUCAACAAUAAAAUUAAAAAGUUCACAAGUUGAAAAAACAUUAAAAGAAAUUCAAGAUAUAAAACAACAACAAAAACAAAUCGAACAAUAUUUAAAUAAAUUAAAUGAUCUUAAUAAACGUAUUGAACGUAAAGAAGAUGAAUAUCAACAAAAAUUAUCUAAUGAAAUAAAUAUUGAACAAUUAAAAAUUGAUAUUAGUAGUGAUGAACAAAAACGUGUUCAACUUCAAUUUCAACUUAAAGAUUUAAAUAAUGAAAUUGAUAAUUUACUUGUUAAUUCAAAAAUUAAUACUGAAUAUGAAAUGUUUAAAAAAGAAAAAUUAGAACGUGAUGAACAAAUUAGAAAAAUUAAAGUUCGUCAUCAUGAAAUCCUAACGACAAUUUUUCAAGGUUCAAUACCAGAAGAAGAUUCAAAUAUUUAUAAUCAAUUUGAAAAAGAACAUCGUAAAUUACAACAAAAUCGUUCUAUAUUAGAAAAACAAAUACAAGAUAUACGUCAAACAUUAUCUGGUAAAGAAGAAAAACGACGUUUAUUAGCUGAUGAAUUAAAACGUAAAGAUUUAUUACGAAAUGAAUAUACAGAUCGUUUACAAGAACAACUUAAUGGACAAAUCUAUGAAAAAUAUUUAGAAAAAUUAUCUAAUGAUGUUAAACAAAAACAAGAUGAUAAAGGAAGUAUUGUUGGAAUGGAAAAAACUUACCAAAAAUUUGUUAAUCAAGUUCGAUCAACAUUAAAAACGGAUCCAUGUUGUCCAUUAUGUUAUCGAAAAUUUGAUAAACAAUCUGAAUGUGAACAAUUAAUUCGUGAUAUGGAAAUACAAAUAAAAGGACCUGAAUAUCGACAAAAAAUUGAUCAUGAUUUAAUAUUAUUACAAGAAAAAUUUGAAAAAUGUCUUAAUCUUAAACCAAUUCAUAAUCAAUUACAAGAUAUUGAAGAAAAAGAUAUUCCAACAUUAAAAAAUUCUAUAAAACAACUUGAUAAUGAAAUAAAUCAAUUAAAAAAUAAACAAAAUGAUUUAGAACAAGAAUUAAAUGAUAAAAUUUGUUUACCAUUAGAACAAUGUGAACAAAUUAAAACUGAUAUUAUUAUGCUUAAUAAAUAUAUUAAUGAAAGAAAAGGUUUUGAAACAAAAAUUCAUGUUUGUCAACAAAAACUUGGUAAAGGACAAAAAUCACCACCACGUUCACUUGAUGAAGUAAAACAAAUUAAAAAUGAAAUACAAAAUCAAUUUGAUCUUCUUGAUAAAGAAUUACAACGUAAACAUAAAGAACUUCGUUCACAACAAGAUUUAGUACAAGAAUUACGUGAAUCAUUAACUGAACUUAAAAAUGAAAAAUUAAAAUUAAGUUCUGAUAUACAAAAAAAAGAACGUCUUGAUGAACAAUUACAUAAAUUAACAAAUUAUAUUCAAACACUUAAAGAUGAAAUUGAAACUGAUAAAAUAUCAUUAGAACCAAUUAAUACUGAUAUUGAUAUAAAAACAAAAGAAAAAAAUCGUUUAAAAACAGAAAAAGAAAAAAUAUUAUCCGAACUUACAGAAUCUAUCAAUAUUCUAGAACAAAAACUAAACGAAUUAAAAACAUUAACAACAACAAUUAAUAAUUUUGAAGAUCGUACAUCUAAAUUAUUAGAAGAACUUCGUUCUUCAUUUGAUCAAUUAAAUAUUCAAGAAAAACAAUUACAAUCUGAAUUAUCAACAUGUAUAAAAACUAUAGCUCAAUAUAAAGAUGAUUUAGCACGAGCUGAUAUUCGUUAUCGACAAUUAAAUGAUAAUCAAAAAUUACUUCAAAGUCAAAUUGAACUUGAACAAAAACAAAAUGAUCUUAUUGAACUUGAAGAAAAAACUCAUGGACUUAAAUUAGAUUCACUUAUACGUGAAGAAAAACAAUUACGUUCAACACAAGACACAUUAUUUAAAGAAAAACAUACAGCAUCAGCACGUUUAGCAACAUUAGAACAACAAUUAAUUGAAUUAGAACAAGAACUUGAACAAGAACAUUUAAAAAAUGCACAUGAACGUUAUCUUAAACAUUUUAUACAACAAACAAUUGAAGAAAUAACAUCACAAGAUCUUGAACGUUUUUAUAAAAUUUUAGAUCAAACAAUGAUGACAUAUCAUACACAAAAAAUGAAACAAUUAAAUAAAAUAAUACGUGAUCUUUGGAGAACAACAUAUCGUGGUACAGAUAUUGAUGCUAUUGAAAUACGUUCGGAUGCUGAUGAUGAAAAUGCAUCAAAAACACGUCGAACAUAUAAUUAUCGUGUUGUUAUGAUUAAAUCUGGUUCAAUUAUGGAUAUGAGAAAUCGUUGUAGUGCUGGUCAAAAAGUUCUUGCUUCACUUAUUAUACGACUUGCAUUAGCUGAAGCAUUUUGUCUUAAUUGUGGUAUACUUGCUUUAGAUGAACCAACAACUAAUCUUGAUUUUGAAAAUAUUGAUGGAUUAGCUCAAGCAUUAAUUGAAAUUGUUAAAAGUCGUGCAAAUUUAAAAAAUUUUCAAUUAAUUGUAAUAACACAUGAUGAAGAUUUUGUUGAUUCACUUGGUAAAUCUGCAUAUGCAGAAAAAUGUUAUCGUGUAUCAAAAACACAUAAUGGUCUAUCAAAAAUUGAUGUUUGUAAUAUCACAUCAUUUGGUGCUCAUUAA